AUGACGGAUCGAAUGAUAGAGGUGAAGCGGUUCAAGUCACCUUCCGUUACCGAGAUCUCCUCAUCCUCAUCGUCAAUGAAUGAGCAUUUAAUGGAGCUGGCGUCGGUCAAGACGUAAGCCUAUUUCCCUCAAAUACACUGACUGACUGACUGAGAUGGCCUACCUUAAAAUACAGCUCCCCUCCUUACUUCUAGUCACUCACGCAGCCGUCGUCGUUCUUGUUCGCGACCUCAGACUACCGAUACUUGUUGGUAUCACAGUAAUUUCGACGUAGAGACCCGUCGCUGUUUCUCACCUCGAUCUUUUAAGCCGAAAUAGGGAAACCAGUCAGUCAGAGAAUUGAUGCGGCCGUUUUCUCUGGCUCCUCCGGCUCCGGUCGCACCUUCUAUGUUUGCGACACUGCGACUCGCAAACUUUUCCUGGUGGACACUGGAGCCCAAAUCAGCAUUGCUACCCCAACUGUAGCUUAUCGUCGUUUUGAUAGCCCUGGUCUUUACCUUCAAACUGCCGACUGUUCCUCUAUUCCCACUUUUGGCAGUCUGUCCCUCACCCCGAACAUGGACAUCCGUCGGUCAUUCACCAGGAUCUUUGUGAUUUCUGAUGUCCCUCAUGCAAUCCUCGGCUCGGACUUUCUUGUCGAGUUCGAUCUCCUUGAUGAUUGCCGAUGUGCCCGUCUCCUUGACCGCACAACCAGUCUGUUUGUUCGUGGACUAACUCCCUUUACUGCCUCCACCAACUUAUCUGUCUUGAAUACGGAUAUUGCUAGCCCCUUAUGUCAACCGCUUCUUAGUCACCCCAAAAUAAUUAACCCCAGUUUCGCAGUGGUGAGGUUCAACAUGCUGUUGGGCACCAUAUCCGCACCUCGGGACCUCCCGUAUUGGCUCGACCGAGACGACUAG